AUGGCUACCCUGCGUUGCUUGUGGAUAAUAGCCUGCAGCAAAUGCAACAGCAACCCAACAGGGGGCCCCCAGGGGGGCCCCCUUGGGGGGCCCCUGGAGGCCCCCCUAGAGGGAAUAAAGCAUAGGGUAGGGUUGCCGCUGCCUUCUGUACGAGCAGCAACAUUAAGAACUCCUAAUAGACAUACUAGAGCUGCUGCUGCUGCUGGUGCUGCUGUCCCUGCUGCUGCUGCUGCUGCUGCUGGUGCUGCAGCAGCAGCAGGAAAGAAUAGAGGAGAGCGCCUGCAGAAGCAGCAGCAGCAGCAACAGCAGGACGAAAGAGCUACAGGAGAGGCAUCGAAAGCUGCUGCUGCUCCUCCUGCUGCUGCUGCUGCUACAGGCAGCAUAGAGGACCCAGCAGCAGCAACAGGAACAGCAACAGCAGCAGCAGCAGCAGCAGCAGGAGUGUCUCCUAAGGAGCAUCUGUCAUCUAAGAUAGAGAAGAGUCGUCUCCCUCCUACUAACGAGAAGAGAACAACAGCAGCAGCAGCAGCAGCAGCAGCAGCAACAGCAACAGCAACAGCAGCAGCAGCAACAGCAGGAGGAGGAGGAGGAGGGCGAGUUGUUACAUCAGGAGGCUUGUCAUUAUCUGCUGUAUCUCCUGCUGUUGCUGCUGCUCCUGCAGCAGCCGCAGGAGGAGCAGCAACAGCAGCAGCAGCAGCAGCAGCAGCAGAGCAGCAAGUAGUUGCUGCUGAUGGCUGCACUGCUCUUUUGCUGCCCCCAGAGGAUGAUGUUACUUGUGCUCCUGCUGCUGCUGCUGCUGCUGCAGCAGCAGGUGGGGGGCCAGGGUCGCUAGCAGCAGCUGCAGCAGCAGCAGCAGCAGUGGAUUGGGGAGCACCGCAGCAGCAGCAGCAGCAACAGCAGCAUUUGUUCUUUCAUGAUGUGCAGCAAGAAUUAAAAUUUAAGGAACCAACGUGGCCUUGUGGGCCCCUGCUGCUGCUAGCUGUCCCCCAGCAGCAGCAGCAGCAGCAACAGCAGCAGCAGCAGCAGCGACGGGGCACUCAAGCAACAGCAGCAACAGCAGCAGGCAAUUCUGCUGCUGCUGCUGCUGCAGAGACAUGCCGCUUUGAGGGUACCGGUUACUCAGGUGUCUCUUCUGCAGCAGGAGUGGAGAAUGCAGCAGCAGCAGCAGCAGCAGCAGCUGCUGCUGCUGCUGCAGACACAGGGUUCUUAUGGCCAGUAGCAUUUGUUAAGAGGAGACUAAAUAGGGAAGGAGACGUUUGCUGCUGCAGCUGCAGCAGCAGCUGCAGCACGGAGAUAUUUGCUGUUGCUGCUCUGUCCCUUGAGGAGGACAUACACCCCAAGGAGACACUACCCCAACAUCUACAAUCCUUCAAUUCCUUGCAGCUUGCUGCUCCUUUUGGUCGUCCUGCUGCUGCUGAGCUGCGGCGUCUGCUGCUGCUGCUGCGGCAGCUGCAGGCAGCACCCCCUGAUAGUCUUAUUACUAUCCCCUUAGAUAAAUCCCUCAGCACUGCUUCUCCUCCUGCUGCUGCUGCUGCUUCUGAGCAGCAGCAACAGCAGCAACAGCAGCAGCAGCAGCAGCAGCAGCAGAAGUUUGUGCUGCCGCCUAGGCCUGUGAUGGAAGGGCCUCCGCAGCCUCUGUAUAAACUGAGGGAGGCAGCACUUGCUGCUCGGGGGCUGUUGGAGCCUACUCCCCAGCGUCAAGAUGUACGGCGUUUGCUGCAGUAUUCAACCUGUGGGGAAACAGCAGCAGCAGCAGCAACAGCAGCAGCAGCAAAUGUGCCGCCGUGUCUUCGGCGGUUCCAGCUGCAGCAGUGGAGAAAGGAGCUGCAGGAGCAGCAACUCAAGCAGCAGCAGCAGCAGCAGCAACAGCAACAGCAGCAGCAGCAAGCCUGCUGCAGUACAGAGACACCAAGUAACGUUGCAGCAGAGGGGGCUGCUUCUUUGCCUGCAGGUGAUUGCAGCAAGAGGGAUGCAGCAGCAGCAGCAGCAGCAGCAGAUGCUGCUGCUGCUGAACCCCCUGCUGAUACAGCAGCAGCAGCAACGGGUGCUCCUGCUCGCAGCAGCAGCAGCAGCAGCAGCAGCAGCAGCAGCAACACGGCCGCUCUUACUAGGUCUCCAGUAAGCCCGGGGGCAAAAGGAGACAGUUCAGGGGGUCCAGCUAGCCCCACACCUAAUCAGCUGCGUGGAGACCGCAGCAGCAGCAGCAGCAGCAGCAGCAGCAGCAGCAGCAGCAAGAAGGUUGGGGAGACAAUAGAGAUACAAAUAAAGGAGACAUUUAAUUGCCAACUAAAAGGAAGCGAAGACAUGCAGACACUGCAGCAGGAGACAUCUGUCUCUGAGCGUAUGGAUGCUUCUGCUGCUGCUGCUGCUGCUGCUGCUGGUGGGGGUGCAGCAGCAGCAGCAGCAGCAGCAGCAGCAGCAGCAGAUGGCCAGCAGCAAGGUGCAGCACCAAGUGUCUCUAUAAUAGCGAGGCCUCCUUCUCCUUCUUUUACUCUCUGCAAAUAUUUUACUCCUUCUAUUACUAAACCUCCUAUUGCAGGUGUAUAUCAAGUAAAGGAAGUAUGCCCUGGUUUGCUGCGUCUGCUGCUGCAGCUGCGCGUUAGUGCAGCAGCAGCGCGGUGUCUCUGCAGCAUGAAGGUUUCUCUCCCUUUUAAUCAUAAAGGAUUUAUUACUAAAGAUGAUCUUAAGGUCUCACAGGUCAGCAGCAGCAGCAGCAGCAAUAGCAGCAGCAACAGCAGCAGCAGCAGCAGCAUAAGUGGUGAACCUGCAUACUCUUUGUCUCUUUUAGGGGAGCUAACUGUCUCCUUAAGCAGCAGCACGACACCGCCUCAGGUGUCACUGCAGCAGCAGCAGCAGCAGCAGGAACCCCCGACAGCAGCAGCAGCAGCAGGCCUGUUUUGUAAGGCAGAAGAGAGACAGCUAGUUAAACAAGCAGCAGCAGCUGCUGCUGCUGAUCUCCCUCUUGUUAUGCAGCGCUAUGUGCUGCAGCAAACGUUGCUGCGACUGCAGCAGCAGCAGCAGCAACAACAGCAACAGCAGCAGCAGCAGAAACAGCAACAACGACGCCAGCCAGUGAGGAGGACACCACCUCAGGUGGUUGCUGCAGCUGAAGACCCCAGCGCCACUCGCAGCAGCAGCAGCAGCAGCAGCAGCAGCAACAGCAGCAAUAGCAGCAGCAGCAGCAACAGCAGCAAUAACAGUAGUAAUAAUGGCGAUUACAAGGGCAUUGCCGACGUACACGGGCGGUCUAACCAGUGGACAAGAGACGAGGGAAAAGACCCUAAUGCACAGGGGCCCCUAACACAGCCUAAGGGGGCCCCUGUGGGUACCGGUCCUUCUCCUGCUGCAACUGCUGCUACAGCAGCAGCUGCUGCUGCUGUUGCUAACGCCACUGAGCUCUGCGGGGGCCCCAAAUGCCUUGAGGCCAAGGGGCCCCUCCAGUGUAUAUCCCGUUAUCCUCCCAGCAGCAGCAACAGCAACAACAGCAGCAGGAGCAGCAGCAAAAGCAGCAGCAGCAACAACAGCAGCAACAACAACAGCAACAGGAGCCCGAGACCACGGCAAAGACCGGAUCUGUCCUCACUGGAUGUUUUUUCAGCAGCAACAGCAGCAGCAACAGCAGCAGCAACAGCAGCAGCAACAAUAACAUAA